GGUUGAGAAAUUGAAAAUUCUGAAGAAAUUGGAUUCAUAACACCAAAAAGAACAAGAAACAGAGAUUUCAAUUCUUCCGACACCACGUCUCGAUCUGAUUUUCCUUCGCGACCGUCUGCAUCCGGAGGUUCGACGCGGAGGAGUUUUUCCGGCGAAUCUCCCCGUGCGGCGGGUGCUCGGAGGUGCUUUAUGCAAUGGCGGAGGAGACGAUCUUAGGGAAGAACGGAUCAGAAGAAGAGAUCGGUGGUUGCGCCAAUGAGGAAGAAGAGAAGAAGAAGCAAUCGCCGGACCCCGAGUACUUGUGCUGCAUGAUGCAGCCUAUAACCACCGAUACCGAUCCCGUGUACGUUGGAGUUCGCCGACUUCUUCUACGCCGGAAAUCUGAAUCUGGCGUUCUCGGCCGCCGAUAUGAAUGGAGGUGCAAUGGGAAAGGAUAUGUUGCGUAUCGAAAUUUCAUUAGCCGACCUAGGAAGUGGGAGAAUGUGCAAACACCGAGCAUCUUGAGUAGUCCCGGAAACAGUGGCCGAUGGCUUCCUUCUCCAAGUCCCCUCUCCCAUCUAUAUGAAGUUGAAAGCUUUACGUCUAGUAGGGAUUUACGAAGUGUCAAUCAGGUUUCAAGCCAUAGAGCUAGUUUUAGCUCAAGUUUGAGUGACAGUGAUCAUCCAUAUCGCCGAGGUGUGGAGCAGGCGUUUUCUUUUGUAGGAAUGCAUUGUAUCUUCGAUCAAUGCCAAUCUGCUGUCACUGUUCUGAAGUUUGGCCACAUGAGUUCUGACCUACUUGCAUAUGGAGCAUCAGAUGGAACCUUGACAGUUUGCAGUGUUUCAGAGCAGCCCUCUGUCCUCAAGCAGUUAACAGGACAUACGAAAGAUGUCACAGAUUUUGACUUCUCGUCGAACAAUCAGUACAUUGCAUCAUCAUCGCUUGAUAAAACAAUACGAGUGUGGGAGUUGUCAAAAGGCGUUUGUAUUAGAGUUAUAUAUGGAACCUCUGCACAGUUAUGCAUCCGUUUCCACCCUGUAAAUAACAAUUUUCUUUCAGCUGGCAAUGCAAAUAAAGAAAUCGCGGUCUACAAUUUUAGUACUGGGAGAACUAUUAAAAAGUUGGUGUUUGAUGAUGAGGUUACGUCGAUGGACCACGAUCACACAGGCCAUCUGAUUUUCUGUGGGGAUGCACAUGGAACAAUAUAUUCGGUGAGCAUGGACUCCCAUACAGGUUCCUUAUCCCGGUCUCAUCGCCACCGCGGUAGUCACAAAUCUCCUGUGACAACUGUGAAAUACCGGAGUUUCUCGCUUCUGGCUUCAGGACCCGUUCUGCUGACAUGUACUCAGGACGGGAAUUUGUGUUUCUUUGGCGUUGCGCUCGAGAUAAAGGGGUAUCUAACUUUACGUUGUUCCCUCAAAUUAGCCCCGCGGAUACACAGAAUUCAAGCAUCGUUCUGCCCUCUCCUAUCACUGGAGAAAGGAGAAUACAUAGUUGCUGGAAGCGAGGACUCAAAUGUCUACUUCUACGAUCUUACCAAACCGAAACACACAUGCGUGAACAAGCUACAGGGUCAUAGGUUUCCAGUCACGUGCGUGGGGUGGAACCAUGGGGAGAACUUGUUGGCGUCAUCUGAUUUCUACGGGGUUGUAAUCGUCUGGAAAAGAGCCAACAAGACAAGCUCGUAGGUUCGGCUUGAUACAACACCGACAACAAGACUGAUUAAGAUGAAUACUCCCCGUUGCAUAUGUAUACCAAAGUCUAAAUCUAAUUCCUCAUUUUUUGCCCACACGUUUCCUGAUUC